AGAUAAAUCUGUAAAUAUGUGGACCACUCGCUACGCACACCGUCUGGCCAAACCAAGCUCUAGAUGUAUGUCCUCGAGUGCGGCUGAAAAGGUCAGAGUCACUCUGUUCCCGGGUGACGGGAUCGGCCCCGAAAUCUCAUCAUCAGUCCAGAAAAUCUUCUCGGUAGCGGAUGUUCCAAUCGUGUGGGAACCGGUAGACGUCACACCCGUGAAGUCUCCUAGUGGCAAAUUUAUAAUACCCCCUGAGUCACUAGAGCCCAUGAAGCGAACAAAAAUAGGGCUGAAGGGACCUCUGGCAACUCCUAUAGGCAAAGGUCACCAGUCAUUGAAUCUGGCUUUGAGAAAGGCGUUCUCACUGUAUGCAAAUGUGAGGCCAUGCAAGUCUGUUGUGGGAUACAAGACAGCCUAUGAUGAUGUGGACAUAGUGACUAUAAGGGAGAACACAGAGGGAGAGUACUCUGGAAUUGAACACGAGAUCGUGCCGGGAGUGGUUCAGAGCAUCAAGGUGAUAACUGAGAAUGCAUCGACAAAAGUGUCCAAGUUCGCAUUCGACUUCGCCAAAGCGCAAGGAAGACGCAAGGUCACAGCAGUGCACAAGAGCAACAUCAUGCGCAUGUCGGAUGGCCUGUUUCUGGACUGUUGCAGGAGGAUGAGUGAGAAAUACCCAGAGAUAGAAUUCACAGAGAUGUAUCUGGACACGCUAUGCAUGGCAAUGGUACAAGACCCAAAACAAUUCGAUGUUCUGGUGCUUCCCAAUCUCUACGGUGACAUCUUGAGUGACCUGUGUGCCGGCCUCAUAGGGGGACUAGGACUCACUCCAUCUGGAAACAUCGGAGCAGAUGGAGUGGCGAUCUUCGAAGCAGUGCACGGAACCGCACCCGACAUUGCUGGACAGGACAAAGCUAAUCCUACAGCCCUUCUACUUAGUGGAAUCAUGAUGCUGCGUCAUCUUCAGAUGCACGAUCUAGCACAGAAAAUCGAACAGGCAAUCUUCAAAACGAUUACGGAAGGGAAAUAUUUGACGGGAGAUUUGGGAGGGAAAUCCUCCUGCUCGGACUAUACAAACGCAAUCUGUGAUAAUCUGUAGUUUCUUAACCAUUCUUGAAUCUAACUGAUGAAUAUGAACAUAGACACUUUGAAAAGAUGUAGUUCUCACUAACUCCAUUAGACUGGCUAAUUUUUACAACGGUGAAUUAAAUGAAUUGAAAAUAUGUUCCA